AUGGGGGCGAGGGUCGCGCGCGUGGCUCUGUUCGGCGUCGCGCUGCUCUGCGCGCUGGGCCUGGCCCAGCACCCGCCCGGGGGUCUGAGCUGCGGCGCCGGCCGCCAUCUGCAUGGGACGGGGACCAGCGCGCGCUGCUGCGGCUCGUGCACCCCAGGUAAGGGGGUCUGUCCUGAGCUGGACUGACAGUGUAUCCAGCCUGAGUUCCACUGUGGAGACCCCCAGUGUAAGAGCUGCAGGUACUACUCCUGUCCGCCUGGCCAGGGGGCGUGGCCUGUAGGGAAGUGACAGUUCAACUUCGGCUUCGAGUGCGUUGACUCGAAGGGGGGGACCUUCUGGGGCCGCGAGGGCCACUGCAAACCCUGGGCAUACUGCCCCAAGCUUGGCUUUCCCACCGUGCUCCCCGGGAACAAGACGCAGGAUACCGUGUGCAGCCCAGGGCUGCCGCCCACAGAGCCGCGUGGCCUGCUGACCGCCGUCCUCCUCGCCCCGGCCACCUGCAUCCUGGCCCCGACCGGGACCCAGCUCAGCCUGCACAUCGGGCAGCUGAGGAGGCAGAGAGUGCGGACCACAGAGACGCGGCUGCUCCUAGAGGCCCCCCCCCCGCCCGAGGCCGUCUGCAGCUGCCCGUCCCCUGAGGAGGGGCCUCCUGGAGGACCCGCGGGUGUGAGGCCCAGAGGCCUGUGCCAGACCCUCCCGGAGCUGGCCCAGGCUGGCCUACAAGUGUGA